AUGGCUCUCAAGCUAUUUAUUCCGCCCUGCAUCCAUGAGCCGCCUCAUCAGCAUCAUCCUCCGCCUCCUCAUAAGCCACUGCGGAUUGAGAUACAGGGACCGCUAGAGACUAUACAGAAGCUUCUUCCUGACGUAGCUUGGCACCCGCUUAAGCCCUUUCCGCAGCCAGCGGGCCGGGCUCUUGCGAGCCUUACACACCAGGCGUUGUAUGGAGAGGAUGAUGUUUGUUCUUCCAAAGGCGAUCUGCCUGUACGGCAUGAGUACUUAGCAUGGGCAAUGGACGGAAGAAGGCCUCUAGACUACAUUGACUACUACGGAGUUACCUUUGACCACCUCGUCCCGGCCAAUGAUCCAAACCCAGAAGUGUUAGCCAUCAGCAUCAUCGAAGUGGAUAAUGACGGAGGCGCAUUCGCAAACAAGCACCUUUUGUUCUCAGUAGAUCCGACGGAAUACACAGGGAAGAAAGUCCUCGCCGUACCGAGGUGUUGUCAAGUCAAGAAAGGCACGCAGGAUCGAAGGAGAAUAAACGGCGAGGUAGCUGAGGUAUAGCAAGACCCAGAGAUAGCUGUACACUCAGCGUCAUCCACGGCUGUACCGUCAGCACGGCGGGCACGGCAACACACAACGACGGGGCCACAGAAACGGCGGGCACGAACGAAAGGCAUAAUGAGGGCGGACGCAACGAUGGCGAGCGUUUUCCCAUCGUGUCGUUUCAAUACAGGAUGACGCUUCGACCUUUCAGGCUGGUUUAUACACUAUGUCACGUGGGAUAUCGCGUGAAUCUCGCCGGACCCCUCGGAUUGCUUGCUCCUAGGCGCUUAGUGUCUUUAAAGCCCAAAUACUUGGACUCUCUUGAUUAAGCUUCCACCCA